UCCACUCGACGCAAAACACAAGCCAAAGGACUAGUCCAUUGAAUUCUUCAUCAACGAAGAAUAGAAAUAAUAAAGCUGCAAAAUUAUUCUUAUGCGUUGAUGAGAGACGUUUCACAGUUGAGGUGAGAAAUGAAGGUCCAAAUUGUAUCAAGAAAGUUGGUAAAGCCAUCAACUCCAACCCCACCUCACCUUAGGAGUUUCAAAACAUCAUCGAUAGACCAACUUGCUCCUCAAGCAUAUGUGCCCAUCAUUUUGUACUACCAUGCCAGCAAUGGAGACGAAAUUGAUGGAAAGAGGAAGCGUUUGGAGAAAUCACUUUCAGAAAUCUUAACCCUCUAUUACCCUUUAGCUGGGAGAUACAUCAAUGAUAAUAAAGUAGUUGACUGUAAUGAUGACGGGGUGGAAUACUUGGAAGCCCAAGUAAGUAGUCAGCUUGCUCAACUUCUCCAAGAAGAAGUGAUCAAACUUGAGCUGUUGAAUAAUCUUGCUCCCUUUGCAAUGGUAUCAGCAAAUACUCCUUUAGCACUUGUUCAAGUCAACAUGUUUGAGUGCGGUGGUCUAGCCAUUGGGUUUCUCUUUUCGCAUAUUAUAGCUGAUGGAAUUGCAGCCACUACAUUCCUCAAUGCAUGGGCAACAGCAUGUUGUAUAGCAGGGAUCAAUGGAGUGAUUCGCCCGAGUUUCGAUCUGGCUUCUUUUUUCCCACCAAAAGAGAAUAUAGCUGUUGUGCGCCCCAAGAAUCUUGGAGCUCUAAUCAUCACCAGAAGGUUUGUGUUCAAUGGGGCAGCAAUCACAAGCCUAAAAGCCAUUGCCAAAGGUGGUGCUUGUGAUUCAGAAUCAUUAACAAAACAACAACCUUCACGGGUAAUGGUGGUGACUGCAUUAAUAUGGAAGGCUCUCAUUGCUGUGGAACAAGCUAAACAUGGGCACUUGAGGUCCUCUAUUCUGUGUCAUUCAUUGAGCCUGCGCAGAAGGACGGCUCUGCCAAUACCAGAUAACUCAUUUGGGAACCUCUACAUGAUGGCCAAAGCUCGAUUUGAUGGAGAGUGUGGAGACAGUGAGAGCAAGAUGGAGUUGCAUGAAUUGGUGGGCUUACUUGAUGAUUCACUAAGGAAUGCUCUUGCUGACAGCAAGAAACCGCAAAGCGGGGAUGAUUUGGUUUCCAUGAUCACCAACUCCUCAAGAGAGAUCGGUGAAGAACUUGAAAUAGGUGAGACUGAUGUCUUUAUUUUCAGUAGCUGGUGUCGGUUCCCUCUGUAUGAAGCGGAUUUUGGUUGGGGAAAACCUAUUUGGGUGAGCAAUAGACCCAAACCUGUGGAAAUAGUUAAUCUAAUGGACACAAAAGAUGGUGAUGGAAUUGAGGCAUGGGUGCACCUGAAUGAAAAAGACAUGCUUCGGUUUCAAACUCAUCCGGACAUUACAGCCUUCACCUCCCACCAAAUCUAGCUGAAUCUCUCAAUUUGAUUUCUGUAAGAAUAAAUUUCAGGAUAUGUUUUUGUUAA